CUGAGGCCGAAAUAUCGAUUAUCAAGAUGGCGGACGGAAGAGAGUUGUAAACUUCCACUUGUAGUUUUCUCUGUAAGAUUAUACUUUAUUGCUGUAAAAUAUAUAACAUGGAGUUAUCUAGUUUGGUUAUAGAAGGUCUCAGUAUGUGUGGAGAGUCUUCAAAACUUGGAGAUCGCAGUUUUAGGGUGCUGGUCAGAGAAGUUUUCGAUAUUCUUCUUCGACAUAAAGAUGAAAAUGCUCUUUCAGGGAGUGAUGAUUUAACAAAAGUUGAUGUUCCUUCGCUAAAACAAAUGUACACAAGUUUGGUGACACUUGUUUUGGAAAGUGUGAAGAUAGACUGUGACAAUGCAACUAUGAGCUCUACACUAGAGGAUAGCAAAUGGAGCACAGAUAGGAUUGAAUACUUUUCAAAGGUUUAUGAGGAGAAAAAACUAGAAGUAGAGGCCAUGCUGAGCAGUACUGGCAGUUCUCAUCCACAUGUAGUUGAUGUUGAUUGGCGACUGGACUAUUAUAUCAAGAAUAAUCAUAUGGACAAAGUUAAUAAACCUACAUAUCUUAUUACACUUAAGACAGAGCAAAGUGGAUGUGCAUCUGGUAAGGAUGUUCAGUUUUCAUGUUCAAUGGAACAACUUCAGGUUAGUACUCUUCAGAAAAGAAGGGAAGGGUUUGGGUUGAGGACAAGUUAUCAAAAUAAACUCCAACCUUAAAACUACCUCAAAACCCUUACCCUAUCCCAGACCAAUUUUUGCGAUUUUACAUAUCCUACCCUAGACUAAAGGUACAAAGGUACAUUAUUUUAGCGCUGAAAGCGUGGCCUAGCACUACGAUCA